AUGUAUCUCCCCAGUACCCUCGUCAUCACCUCUCUGCUCGCCAGCAUUAUCAACGGCAGCCCUAUCUUCCCGCUGGCCCGGGAACCCGACGCACAGCCCACAAAGACGCUCACGUUCACGGAACCCGAGAACAAUGGGUAUUGUUUUGUCAAACUGGAUAAUGUCCUCGGAUGCUCAGGGGAAACCGUCUAUCCUAUUGGCAUGUUCGUCGAUGACCGCUGCACCAAAUGUAAUGCCUCCAUGCUUCAACUAUAUUCCAUCAUUCCGACUAACCAACCUACCAUAGUCACUUCAGUUCCUGAUAACGGAGCCUCAAGCGUCAUCCCUGUCUGUGACAGGAAACUCACCGUGACAUGGACCAAAGACGAAUGGGAUAACCAGCAGGUCACACUUAAGUACCCCAAAGCGGACAUCGUGGCAGAGCGAAUGCAGAUCAUUGGUGUCAACUCUUAUGCUAGAGGAGUCGCCAAUGUGGUCGGAGUCACCGGGGAUCUUCCGAAAUGGUGA